GGGAAGAGAGAAAGAAGGAAGGAUGAGGGAUGGGGAGGAAAGAAAGAAAGAAAAAAGAAGGGAGGGGAAGAAAGACAAGGGAAGAGCGAGUGGAGAAGAGAGAGAAAGAAAAGAAAAAAAGAAGAGAGGGAAAGAGAGAAAGAAGGAAGGGCGAGGGACAGGCUCGAGCCUAUCAGUGGCCUGAGGGGAAUGAGCGGCCAUGGUAGCAGCGGCAGGAAGGAAGGGGACGGUCGACCACUGCUGCUGUUGGGUGCUACCAAGGCCAUUGGUGGAGGGAGGCAGGCAGGCAAGGGACAGGGAUUGGCCUGUCAGCGGCCUGAGGGGAACGAGUGGCUGUGGCGGCAGUGAGGAAGGGCCUAGUCAACAACUGUUGCUGCUGCUGCUGAUGUAGGGAAGAGCAGGAGCGGGGUUUGGGUGACAGUGGGGAGAUCUCCGGGGAUAGGGGGCUGCAGCUUGGCCAAUUAUUUAUUUAUUUAUUUAUUUAGCAUAUUUCUGUACCGCCCAAAAUGCAAGUUCUCUGGGUGGUUUAUAGGAAAAUAAAAACAACCAAUAAAAAGAUUAAAGUAUUUCAACAAUUAAAAUUUUAAAAAGUUAAAACUAUUAAAACACAAUUAAAACAAUAUCUAAUUAAAAGCCUGGGUGAACAAAUGUGUCUUAACUGCCCUUUUAAAAGUUGUUAGAGAUGGGGAGGCUCUUAUUUCAGCAGGGAGUGUGUUCCAAAGCCUCGGGGCAGCAAUGGAGAAGGCCCGUCCAGCAGGCGCCAGCAACACUGCAGCGACAACCAAGAGGGGUGAGGGCGUUGAAGUAAAGGGAUGGAGGAGUGACCAAGAGGGGUGAGAAAGUAAUGAGAUGGAGGAGAAGCAGGAGUGCAGCUCUGGUGAGGAUGGAGAGAUCUCUGAGUGCUGGGCCUAAAGGUGAUAACAUUUAUGAAUGGAGAUCUACUAUCCUUGGUCCCCCAGGUUCUGUAUACGAAGGUGGCGUCUUUUUUCUGGAUAUCACAUUUUCGUCCGAUUAUCCAUUUAAACCACCAAAGGUUACAUUCCGUACUAGGAUCUAUCACUGCAACAUCAAUAGUCAGGGAGUCAUCUGUCUGGAUAUUCUGAAAGACAACUGGAGUCCUGCUUUGACUAUUUCAAAGGUUUUGCUGUCUAUUUGUUCCCUCUUGACAGACUGCAAUCCUGCUGAUCCUCUGGUGGGAAGCAUAGCCACUCAGUACCUGACCAACAGAGCAGAACAUGACAGGAUAGCCAGACAGUGGACCAAGAGAUACGCAACAUAAGUGACAUGACUACUUUGUGCAGUGCGAAGGUGCGGGGAUGCAGCUUUGCAGUGUGCAACCAAUCUUUAUAGCCUUUACAAUACGGACUUCUGUGUAUAUGUUAUACUGAUUCUACUCUCUGCUUUUAUCCUUUUGAAGAUUGGGAUUCUGCUUUCCCUCCCCCCUUCCCCUUCCCUUACCCCCUGCCCCCCAAAAGAAAGGUAAAUGCUAUCAAGAGUAGAACUUUGUAGCUGUAGAUUAGUUAUGUUUAAAAUGCCUACUUGCAAGUCUUGCUUCUUUGGGAUAUCAAAAUGUAUUUUGUGAUGUAACUAAGGAUACCGUUCCUGAAGUCAACCAAAUAUUAUAGUGCAUUUUAGCCUAAUUCAUUAUCUGUAUGAAGUUAUUAAAGGUAGCUGUAGAUUACUAGGAAUUAUGUCAUUUGUAUUAAGCCCAGAUCUAUUUCCAAUAUGUGGUACAUGCUGUUGUGAAAACUGUUUUAAACUUUUACCUUUGUCAGUUUGUAAUGAAAGGGUUUCCUUUGAUCCCCUCCCUUCCCAUCACCACCACCUUGUAGCUCAGAGAGCAUCCAGUGUAUCAUCUCAAACACAAUAAACAUGUUCCCCAAGGAAUAGCUUCUUUGUUUUCAUAUUUUGCAUUACAGUUGGAACAUACUGCAGUAGAAAAGAGAUGGAGCGCACUUUGUAUGCAGGUCGAGCCUAAGGCAGGAAGAUCAUGAGACCUGUAGGUCUUGUUCAGACUUGUAGUUUGCCUCAGACCAAUAGAAUAUCCCCUCUCAGUUUUGAGGUCUAACUAUGGGCAUUGUUGGAUAUGACAUGUUCAGUUUUUCUUUGAUAAAUAGCAUCUGUGAGGGAGAGAUCAGGAUUGGGACCAUGGCAUGGAAGCAGGGAGGAGCAGAGUUUUUGCCCCUGCCAUGGUCCUGAUCUGAAUUGGGUCUCCCGUGCUAUCCGGAGAAAACCUCCCAGUGGCCAUAUUAGCAGCCAUAGGGAGAGGGAGGACAAACCCAAUCCAGGUCAGGACUCUGCAAGGGCAAAAGUUUAAGCCCACCCCCCCACCCCCCAGACACACACACACGGCAGUUCCAGUGCAGUCCCCACUUCCCUGAAAAUGCCAUUUACCAAAGAAAAUGUAAGCAUAUUGUUCUCAAUGAAGAGUUUAACAUAACAUGCAAUUUGAUUCUUACCUGAAGGAUGCUGAGGAGCAACUGAUGCUUAAUCUUUAGCUGUUUAGGUUCAGCUAUGCUUGGCACAAUGGGUGAAUACAGACCACCUUUGCUAAAUGACAGCUCACCACAGUGCCAGUCUGAUGAUCACUUGAUGAGCCAUCCGUCCCCUGUUGUCAUGUCAAAUGGUGAGGAGAAAUAGAACCUUGCUAUUUUAUUAUUAAGAAGUUAUUAUUAAAAGCAUUUAUGUUCGAUCUUUCUGCCUUUCUAAUACAUGGUGGGUGCCUUACCACACUUCUACACCUAAUCUGAAAUCCAGAGGAAUAAGAGAGUGGUGAGAUGCUUCUCCUCCUUUGGCAGGAUGAUUUGCAUGGCAAGCUGGUCAAGUGGUUACAUCCACACUGGAGUUAGUUACCACUUGGUCAACGGCCAUCUGCAUUCACCCAAUGUUGACAAGGCCAAUGAAGGACCAGUUGCUUGCAGGCGGAGUGGGAAAGGUGGCAGGGCCAUUGUGAAUUAACAAACUACCUACAUGGUUUCCUUUUUGUAUUUUUCACUUGAUUAAUCCCCUCCCCACUCCAUUUACCAUAAAUUAGCUAGCUUUUGCAAGAUAAAAUGAAGAAAUCUUCAAAAGCUACAGGUGCAACUUAGUUUCCAUAAAAGUUGCUAUGGAGUUUGCCAGUACUUUUUUUUAACUUAUCAGGUUGCAGGCAGUUCAGGGUUUUAGAUUUAGGUUUAAAAUAGCAACCUAUUUAAUCACGCUAAACUGUCUUCCAAAGCAGCAUGAUUGUGUGCUCUGUUUACCAGUUUAUCUCAAAGUGGAAUAAGAAUCGUACUAUAAUCUGGAACUGUAAUAUUUUUUAAAAGAAAAAGAUGGAAAACGCUGUUGAGGCAAAAUGCACUUUUAUAAGUGAAACACAAGUAUAAUGGACUAGUAAUUCUGAACACAAUCCAAUGGGAAGGUCUCCUGUGCAAAGCCCCAAUGAAGUGAUUUGGAUUUCCACAAGGGUACUACUCUUGCAUAGCUCCAAUUCAUUUCAAUGGGAAUUGCUUGAGGAUUUCCCAGUGGAUCGUGUCCUUCGUCUGUCUGACUCAUACAUUAGUUUUGCAGUGCAGUUACCACUGCAAACCCCCUUCUCCAUCCAUGAUUAACUCCACCACCACGCAGGUAAUAUAUGACUGUUUAGAUCCCUUGAAUAGUUUGGCUCUGAUAGAUAUUUUUCACAUCAAUGUUCCCCUGGCAUUAGGGUAGCAGACACUAGCAUUCAGUCAAUGUGUAUUGGAAGGAAGUGGGAACUGGGGCACUGGUCCUGUCCCCCGGUCUGCAUGUGGCUACUGUCUCUGGACACUGAAUGGCAUGUGAGAAAGAAUUCUCUAUGUUGGUAGGGCCUAUACGCACAGUUAGGAACCAUGACAUGACCAGGAUUCCCAACCGUGAGUACAGACCCUGCGUGUGUACAGGUGAAAGUUCAGAAAGCACUUUCUCAUAUUCUGCACAAUGCACAGAUGGCAAGAUCCAGUCCUGCUCCUCUCAUGUUGAUUGAAUGCAUGGACCAGAGCAUGAAAAGAGAACGACUGGCAUGGAAGUUCUCCUUGUGACCAAAACAACUAUAUAUUACCAAUACAAGCCAUCGACCGAGCAGGAUAAUGUAUGAAUUGGGCCCAAGACAGAGGCAUGAAUUCCGGGUACUUGAUCUGUAGCAAUUUUCUGUUCCUUAUUACAGUUGUACUGACAAAGCUGAGGGGGGAAAGGAUUUCUUAUGACUAAUUUGCUGAUGCUUAGGUCCUCCUAACCUACCAAAUCAGCUGUGCAUUUCUGGACAUUUCUGAGCACUUCUGUCAAACAGUUCUGUGCUUUAAAUUUAUUGAUGGUAGAAUUUCAGUAUUUUUAAUAUCUAAAGUAUUGUCUGAAUAUAGAAGCUCCACAAUGCCUUAGAUUAUUACCUCCAAGACCUAUUCAGAGGUUAUUGUCCUUGUGUUCAUUGAAUACAUGGGGGAAGGAAUGGGAGCAGACCAGCUAGCCACACCACCGUGGUUACUGGCCAUACCCAAAGGUGUGCAGCAGUUUAACAUUUGUCUCUAUGCAGGUUACUGCUGAAUGCAGGGAGGGUUCCUGUGCCAGCAGAAACCCCAGGGGUGGCCCAAGGUAUUGUGGCACCUGAGGCAAGGCACCCAAUUGCUGACCGGUGGGUGCCAGUGCUCUUUCAAAACCAACCUUUGCAAGCUUUGAAAAUGGCAUGAGGGUGGGGGGGAGAGAAGGUUGCCAGCAGCAUCCUAGUCUUGCUCUGUGCUUCCUGCAAGCUUUGCAGGGAGUGUGAGAAGUGCUCUUUGUUUCCCCCAACAGGGAUUCCUGGGUGUUGUUGACUACAACUCCCAGAAUCUCCAGCCAAAGGCCACUGCAGCUGGGGAUGCUGGGAGUUGUAGUGAACAACAUCUGGGAAUCCCUGUUAGAGGGAAGAGUGGUCAUGUCACUCCCAAAGAGCUACUCUGAUGGCAGUAUCUUGCCACCCCGCUGAUGCCACAAUAAUGCGCCAUCUGAAGUGGCCACCUCUCCUCAUGAACGGACCACCCCUGAGAAACCCUCCCUAUAUCCAGCACUGUCUUGCAAACAUAAACACAACAUGUGAGUGCCUGGAGGAUGUGGCCAGUCAGUGUGGGGGUGUGGCUGGUUAGCAUGGGCUGCACUCUCAACUCCAUGUGCUCAAUGAACAUGGGAAAGCUAACUUCUGAAGAGAGCUCCAGAAUAUGACAUCUAAAGCAAUGUUACAUACACAUACAGAUUUUGAGAGUCAGAUGACAAGUUAUUCAUUGAUCUCUCAGCCAAAUCUUCACUGGUAAUUGGCGAUGGGUUUGUUAGCCUUGUGUUCUAUUUCAGACCCUGAGAUUGAAGUCAGUGAAAAAUAUGGGUUCUGUCUGGUACAGCAAACACUUUAAUAGUCAACUGGUAGAUGCAAACAUUGUGCUGUACACCUCGUUUCUCAUUACUGCCUAUUUCUCACAGAGUUGAUAAACCUGUGUCUGGUUUGAACUGCAGUUGGGUACUCUCUUGAUUGAAUGCAAAGCUCCUUAGCUAGUUGUCAGGGAGGAGGCUAGGCCAAACUUUUUUCCCGGGCAUCCUGCUUUUCUAUGAACAGGGAGCUCCUUUUUAAUGGAGGAACAUUCACUCAUAAGAGGUCCUACAUAUAGUCUGUAGCACAGGUAAAGAUUUACCACCUUGGUGAGAACUAGGCAUACAUCUAGUUUUGUAAUGAGAUAAUAUAAUGUACUUGGGAAAGCAUGAUAGAUGUAUAUGUAGGACACUUUUGCACCCUUCAUUAAUUUCAGUGGCUGACAUCCUAAUGCUGCCUAUGUGCAGCCAAUGGAUACACCACCAACCCCGAGGCUGCGCACUCGCUUCAGCAGUGGGGGAGGUUGCAUACAGGAGGGAUUGAUUUUUGGCGAUCUCCCCUUUUCCCAAAAGCACUCUGUGAAACCUGCAAAUAUAUCCCUGAGGGCUUUGUGGCCUUCAGGGACAUAUUCGCUGGUUGCACAGAGUGCUUCUGGGUCAAGAGGAGAUUGGUGAAAAUUGCAUUCCCUGCACAUAACCACACAUGCUGCUAAAAUGAGAGUGCAGCAGCUGCAGGCAGGCAUUCUUUGUCUGCAUCCAUGCAGUAUUAGGAUGUCAGCUGGUGGAUCUUGGCAAGUCUCAGAAAAAUGAGUAGAGGGUACAGUGCAUUCACGCUUUCUAGAUUUAACCCUGUGUUUAUAAGAAUUAAGGAAUGACAACUUCCAGGCAACUAAAGCAUGGAGAGAGACUCCAAAGACCUCACUGGUUACCAUACACUGAUAAAAUGCAUCCAUAUUUUGCAUGUUCAACACUCCUACAAAUUUACAGUAAGGGGCAAAAUGUAUAUUUCACAUAUUAAAUAUGUGACCUACAAAGCUUUCAAAUAUUUAUAUCACAAAAUAUAUAGUAUAAUUAAAAAUCUUAUUCUUGUUUUUAUUGUACUUAAUUUCCUAUUGCACCUCAACUUUCAGAAACUUUGGUAUAUCAGUGGGAUGCCUUCUCAAUAUUGCCCCUGCUACCUUCUUUACUAAACAUUUGAUUAUUGAUUCUGAAUUCCCUUCCUGUCAUCGGUUUGUCACAACUUUGUUCUUUUUAAUGUAGUUUUUUUGUCUGUACAUUUUAUAUUUACUGAAGUAAGAUGUUGGGUUUUUUUGUGUAAACAUUUAAACUAAAAAAUAAUAAUAAUUUUGUUCCUCCACUUUUUUCUGCUUACACCGAAGCAGUAGAAAGAAAUUUGUAUUGUUAAAUAAAUCAAUUAGUUGUUAAA